GAUGAUUGUAGAGUUGUCUUGGCCAAACAAGAAAUUACAAGGUUAUUAGAGACAUUGCAGAAACAGCAGCAGCAGUUUACAGAAGUUGCAGAUCAUAUUCAGUUGGAUGCCAGUAUCCCUGUCACUUUUACAAAGGACAAUAGAGUCCAUAUUGGACCCAAAAUGGAAAUCCGAGUGGUAACAUUAGGAUUAGAUGGUGCUGGAAAAACCACUAUUUUGUUUAAGUUAAAACAAGAUGAAUUCAUGCAACCUAUUCCAACAAUUGGUUUUAAUGUGGAAACUGUAGAAUACAAAAAUCUAAAAUUCACCAUUUGGGAUGUAGGUGGAAAACACAAAUUAAGACCAUUGUGGAAACAUUAUUAUCUUAAUACUCAAGCUGUUGUAUUUGUUGUUGAUAGCAGUCACAAAGACAGAAUUAGUGAAGCACACAGUGAACUUGCAAAGUUGUUAACAGAAAAAGAACUCCGAGAUGCUUUGCUCCUGAUUUUUGCUAACAAACAGGAUGUUGCAGGAGCACUGUCAGUAGAAGAAAUCACUGAACUUCUCAGUCUCCAUAAACUAUGCUGUGGCCGGAGCUGGUAUAUUCAGGGUUGUGAUGCUCGAAGUGUACAUGAGAUACUGGAGUUUGUCAGUUUAUGUGGCCCAUAUACUGGGAGAGAAGUAGUCACAAAGAAAGAGUACACAAAGGCUCUUUAUUUCAGUGAAAAAAUAGAGAAUAUGAGUGAGUGCCUGACGGAAUGUAGGGAAGUACAGCUUCUUAACCUGCCUUUUUACUCAGUUUUUGCAGUACUUAACAGCAGACAGGGCAGUUGUGUACUAAAAUCUAAACUGCAUUGGGGUGGUAAUAAGAUUGCUUUACUUUCAAGCUCAUUAUAACAUAAAACCAUUAAUGGUGAGAACUAUAAAUUAUAGAAAAUCAAAAACAUAUUUUGUAUGUUUUUAUUAAAACUUUCUCUUAAAGCAUUUUGCAUAAAACAGUGAGAAUGAAAUAUUAUCUAAGUAGGCCUGAUCAUCAGACCAAUACUAAAUCAAAGAAUAAUAAAGCUGUGAACGAUUUCUGAUCUUCACUUGUAAGAACCAUUUCCAAAUUUAAACCUAGGUUUGUUUCCUAGGUCCGAGCCCUAAAUUGGUCCUUCAGUUUUUCAACACACUCAGAUUACUUUCCAAAUAGUGCAUCUUAUGUGGCAAUGACUUAUUGGUAAAAUGUAGCAAGGUACAUGAAGAACCAGAGUCUGUUUAUAUAAAUACAUAGGGACCUAAAUAGAAAACUACCUUAGGAAAAGUUAUUCACACAGUGGGGAAUGCCAGUUACCUAAUUAAUUUAAAUAGCUCCCAAAUUUAAGUGCAUUUACUUGAUAUUACAAAGGAUCAAGGCUCCUCAUGACAAGGUCUCAGUAAAGAGGAAGAACAUGUCUAAAGAAGAAACAUUCAAAACGUUUACAUUUAUUGUGGCAGUGUUGUAAGUAAAAGUUAAAUUUUGUGUUCUUUACUAUUUCUUAUUUGUAAAAGAUAGUCUUAUUUUGGAAGCAUGAUUUAUUAUAUUUAGUUAGGUUUUUUGUUUGCUUUUAAUGCUCUUCAUACUUUAAGAUGUUGAGACAAAUCUUAUUCAUUUGUUACAAGGACAAUGAUAUCUGACAAGAUGUGAUUUUUAGGAGAUACUCUUCUGGCUCAAUCUUUUCAAAUGUACUUUUUUUUUUUUUUUUUUUUUUAAACACAACUUUUAGAAAACAAAGCAUUAGAAAAAACCCAUCAGUGUUAUGGGCAAUAUGUAAAUAAAUACUUAAAUAUUUUUGCCAUUGUUUUUCAAGAAAGUAAAUGGUCAUGCUGUUACAAGUAGGUUGUGUGCAUAUGUAAUACUUUGGAAUUAAAUUAUUUAAUAUUUGACAGAUUUCAGUGACUGUGAAAAAUAAAGAUAUUGUAUUUGCUUGUGAGCCCUUGAACUGUUUUCUGUACUAGGUAAUUUCAAAAAACAAAAACGAAGUGUAACAUUAACAUGUGAACUUGCUUUUCCUGUAGGUUAAGAAGUUUAUUAUUUCACUAAUCUUUGUAAUUCUUAACAUAUAACCAAGCAUCGUUUUAAAAUUGUGCUUAACUAUGUGCAUAAUGUAGAUAUGCUAUAGUAUUUAUAUGUGAUCUCUUUUUUUUUUUCAAGAAAUAUUUUUUUCAGGUUCCCAUUACUGUUCAUCAUUGUAUUCUUUGACUAAUUAUCUAUGAUUGUGCUAGUUCCUCCUGGGAAAUCACAAAUGUUUUAAGUACAAUAUAUUAGGAUUUGCCUUCUAGCUCUGAAUUUAUGUAUUACAUCUAAAUAUUAUUGUAUGAUUAUGUAAAGCAGGUGUGCUAAGUGUAUGUAAUUCAGGAAUGCUUUAUAACCACCAGAGGCCAUUAUUUGCACUUAUAUAUAUUAUGAGAAUAGAAAGCAAUAAAAAGUUAAAGAUAAAAA